GGUAUAAAUGGCGUGCGGUCCGUGCUCCAGCAGUGCCUGCGCUCCCCUCUCAGCACCAUGGCCGCCCUCCGCUCCGUCCUCCUCCUGACCGCGGGCCUCUCUGCCGUGCUGUCGAGUCCUGCCCCUCGUGCCCUGUGGCAGUUCAGACAGAUGCUGGUCUGCACCAUGCCGGACAGCUGGCCUCUUCUGGACUACACCGACUACGGCUGCUACUGCGGGAAGGGCGGCUCAGGCAGCCCUGUGGACGACCUGGACAGGUGCUGCUAUGUCCAUGAUAUGUGCUACAAUAAGGCCAUGCAGAUGGACGAGUGCUGGCCCAUCUUUGAUAACCCAUACACUGAGCUGUACUCAUACAAGUGCGACAAGUCCACCAAGACUGUAACCUGCAAUGACAGGAACGACGGCUGUGAGAAGUUCAUCUGCGAGUGCGACAGACAGGCGGCCAUCUGCUUCGCCGGCGCUGGCUACAACGAAGAGAACGAGCACCUUCCCGGCCGUUACUGCAAGUAACCGCCACUAAAGGGAGCUGCCAGGCCUGGCCUGCCCCGCCCUGCCCCGCCCCACCCCACUCAGCUCAGCCCUGCCCCGCC